AUGGCCAUGGAUCCUCUUAUAGCAAAACGGAAGGACAUCUCUCGCACCAUAUCCUGCAUUCACGACGAACUCCACAGCUUCCGAUCUUGGCUCCGAUGGAUGUGUGUUGAUCAAUCCAACGCUUUCACUUUUUGCCUCUCGUGGUUCGUUUUCAUCAUCUUCGCCAUUGUUAUACCUUUCCUCUCCCAUUUCUACCUUGCUUGCAGCGAUUGUGAUAAUCGACAUGCCAGGCCUUACGAUACCCUUGUUCAGUUAUCUCUCACCUCCAUUGCCACACUUUCCUUCGUUUGCCUCUCCCAAUUCGUCAGGAUUUAUGGACUUCGUAGGUUUCUGUUCUUCGAUAAGCUUUGUAAUGAAAGCGAAACCGUUCGCAGAGGUUAUACUCAACAGCUCAAUAGCUCGCUUAAAAUGGUCUUCAUAUUUGUGGCACCAUGUUUUGCUGCUGAAGCCGCGUAUAAGAUCUGGUGGUACAGUUCGGGUGCCACCCGCAUUCCAUUUUUGGGUAAUGUUAUUGUGAGUGAUGCAGUAGCCUGCAUCUUGGAACUCUGCUCCUGGCUCUAUAGAACUGUGGUCUUCUUCCUGGUUUGUGUCCUGUUCCGCCUUAUCUGCCAUCUCCAAAUCCUCCGUCUCCAAGAUUUCGCUCAGGUGUUCCAUGUUGACUCUGAUGUCGAAUUUGUAUUGAGGGAACACCUUAGAAUCAGAAGGCAUCUACGCAUCAUAAGUCACCGAUACCGUAUCUUUAUACUUUGGGCUCUCAUCCUUGUGACAGUGAGUCAGUUUGCAUCACUUCUUAACACUACCCGCUCGAAAGCAGAUCUCAGCAUCUUCAAAACCGGUGAACUUGCACUUGUUUCUGUAAGCCUACUAGCUGGGCUCAUGAUACUAUUGAGGAGUGCCACCAGGAUCACCCAUAAGGCGCAAGGCGUCACGUGCCUGGCGACUAAGUGGCAUGUGUGUGCAACCAUCGAGUCAUUUGAUCCACCGGAUGUAGACACGGAAACCCCACCUGUGGGUGUUGCAGGAAACCAAGUGUUCAGUGGUGAUGGAUCAUCAUCGGACAAUGAGGAUGUUGGUAGUGAAGACGAUCUGGAUAACACUAAACUGAUACCCGCGUACGCUUAUAGUACCAUCUCAUUCCAGAAAAGGCAAGCCUUGGUAACGUAUUUUGAGAACAAUAGCGCGGGGAUAACGGUGUACGGGUUUAUGCUGGAUAGGACUUCGUUGCACACUAUAGUGAUGAUAGAGAUGUCAUUGGUGUUGUGGUUGCUCGGAAAGACCGUCGGUAUCUCUUAACUAAACCAUCGUAAGCUUGUUGUAUCUCUUUUCGUCUCCGUUUCCGUUUCCGGAAACAAUGGAUGGAAACGUCACAUCCCUGUCCCACCAAUGAAAUUAAGAACAUCUGAUUUAUAUAUUUCAGAUUUAUUUAAUUCAAGUCCACGUUCUCUCUAUGAUGACGUGGAUUCAUCUUACUGGUGUACAAGAAUGAGACGACAGAGAAGUUUAUCUUAAAAAAAGAAGGGUAGAAAAAUUAAUGAAGUUGGAUAGAAGGGAAAAGAGCAUGUAUUUAUCCCUUUGCAUUUGUGCUUUCUUA